AUGAAUCGCGUUAUUCUUUGCGUCACUGAAAAGAACUCUGUAGCUGCCGAGGUCUCCAACGUUCUCUCUAAGGGCUCCUACUCAAAGAAGCAAUUGGUGCAGUAUUUUAAUGAGUACAAGUUCACACAUUCUGAGGAGGAGCACGGCCCUGCUCAACAGUAUGUUGUGGUGCAUGCCCAGGGGCAUAUGCUUGAGUUAGAACCCGAUGAAGGAUAUGAGUGGGGAAAGUGUUCCCCAAGUGACCUCUUCACCUGCGGGGUGCACUUUAAGGCAAACGCUGUCUUCAAGAAACAUGUCCUACGGCCUAAUGCAGCGGAAACGAACGUCCUCGUUCUUAUGCUUGAUGCUGAUCGGGAAGGAGAGAACAUUGGAUAUGACAUUAUAGAGAUCUUCUGUUCUGUUCUUCCCGCCGACACUCUACUGGACAUCCGUCCAGCUAGACUCCCCAAGAUUCGCAGCCCAACUGAGCACACACUGCGACACAUCCUGGCUGCUGAUCACGUGCCUUCACAGACCUCCGUGAAACGUACCAUUAUCGUCAAGCGGGCCCGCUUUUUCGGUCUGACUUAUCCAGAGCUAACAUCGGCUGUAUACAAUGCAGGCCCCAUCGACAUGAAUGUGGUUGACGCCGUUGAUGUUCGCCAAUUCACUGAUCUGCGUCUAGGAUACUCCAUAACCAGGCUUCAAACAGAUAAGUUGCGCUCUUCCUUUAUCGACUAUCGCACAGGCGCAUUCAAGGCGAAGAAGCCUAUAUCCUUUGGCCCGUGCCAGGUACCAACCUUGGGGCUGGUUCAUUCUAACGAUCUUCUGUCUCUUAAAAACCAUCAAAGCAGCUCCUUUACUUUGCAUCUUGUUUGUGAUCCUCGCCCUCUGCAGACACACAGUGGUAGUGUCUUCAAGGGUCUGGCAGAUGCAUUAAAACGGUGGGAUAGCAAGCAUAGAAACCGAGAAAAAGAUGAUUUACAAGGUCUUGUCUUUUCCCCUAUUGACACUUCACACUUCAAGUCGUACCUCGGAUCCCUUCCCGUGCUGAAAUUAGUAUUUGAUACCCUACAGAACCAGAAGCGUAUUGUAGUGGUAUCGGAUGUAGAGGAGAAGCCUUACACAGUACCCAGGCCACACCCGGUCUCUACACUGGACAUGCAGCGUGCACUCAGUGAAAGCCUCUCAUCCCAAAGUGUAAUGACUAUUGCAGAAUCACUCUACACUCGUGGCCUCAUCUCUUAUCCGCGCACAGAAACCAAAUCAUACCCCAAUACCUAUAACCUUUCAUAUUUUAAGCAACUAGUAGAUAAAUUGGCACACAUGCCACCAAAUGUAUCUCCACUCUGCGCCCUCCUUGCUGACUAUGCACAAGUCCUCCUCGAUGAUUCUCCGGGGAAUCCAUAUACACUGCAGCUUCCUCGAUCCAACUCUGCAUCUACCGAUAAUGCUCAUCUUCCAAUCCACCCCCUCGCAUGCCCGUCUCGGCCCUUAGAUAAGGAUGAGGAGCUAGUCUAUGGUUACAUCACUCGCUCUUUCCUAGCAUCCGUCUCACCGGAUGCUCGAGGAACGCGUAUGACCAUGCGCACACGUCUAGACAAGUGCGAGUUUGUAGCUACUCAGAACAGCCUUACAUUUGACGGGUUCAAAAGAAUCCUUCGGAAGUCACUUGAAGAAGCAGGACACCUUUCUUCCUCAGCUAGCUCUCCGGCCUCUAUUGAAUCUUCUUCUAGCAUUGUAGUUGGGUCAAAGCUCCUGGUUCUGCAGGCACCAUACAAACAAUUUUUUGGGACCCAGGACUUGCACAUUAUCAAUCCAACAGCAAAUGAUGAGAGCGAAUUGUUGGCCUCAUCUAUAGUGUGGGAUGGGGAUGCCCAGUCUCUCGUAAUAGAUAUUGAUAGUAGCGACGAAUCUGAGCAAAUACACGCAGAGGAGAAUGUGCACCCACCAGAGCCAGUGAUGGUAAAUGACAGGGAGGACCCCAGCAAUAGUACUUCUCAAUUCUCUACAGAGCUUGUGCCUCUCCCCAUGAAGGAAAGCGCCCUUCUGCUCGCAAUGGAUCAGCACGGUAUAGGCACCGAUGCAACUAUGUCUGACCACAUUGCGCUGAUCACUGAUCGAGAGUACAUCAAUUCUAAGAAGCAGGUGGUGUCGCUGGGCGCUGAGCUGCUACAAUUUUACAAACAGACCCCAAUGGGCGUGCAGGCUCUCUCGUGCUCAUACCGUAGUAUGCUAGAGCACGGCAUGCAUCUUAUUUGCGAGGGUCAGAUAGAUUGCAAAAGCGUGCAUGACGAUUGCAUCAGGUGGGGGAUGAAGCUCUACGAUAGUAUCGAUAGAUUGCAAGUUAUUAAAGUAGGUGGGUAUGGAGGGUACCGUAUGCUGAACGAAAAGCCUAAGAAGACAACGAUUAAGAGAAAAUAUCACUCGGCUACUGACGGGACUGCUUUGGUGUCAAAGCGUCGCCAAAAGGAGGCGCAGCCCGUACGAGUUCGCGGCACAUUCACAUGUUGUGGUGAGCGAUGUUCAAGGAAUUCGCUUGCCGGGUCAUGUGCUGCAUGCGGCAAGGCCUUUCAGAUUCCUAGGACAGAUGGGGUGAUCGUUGUUCUGAAUGAAGAGUGUGACAAUUGUGGUUUAUCCUUAGCAACGAUCACACAGCGCAGCGAACGGAUCGUACGAAUCUGUGUGCGAUGCAGGACGGACCCGCUCUAA